UGUAUAUCUAAUCACUAACUGACAUAUAGGGCCAAGUUUGAAGGGCUAUUUAGUUUUAGCUUAAAUUAUUUGAUUUAAUUAGUGCGAAUAAAGUAUUUCGUCUGAUUCAAACUUUGUCCCUCGUAUUGAGUACUUGGUACUCCAGGUAUGCUUCGAGCUCUUUGGGUAAAGGCAUGAAAUGAAAGCCUUACGAAGAUCCAAGAUUUUCAGUCUGUAUUUUUAUGCUCAAAGGAGAAAUUUAUCCUCAGUCGCCGAUGCUACACUUCAGAAAGCAGCUGAGGAAGAAGAAUUUGACAGCGUUUGGGAAUGCAAAGAUUCAAAUAUUCUACCCUUUUUGCACCGCACAGUACAAGAAUGCGCAAAGGAAAGGGCUGCAAUGAAUGGAAAAUCUGUGCAUUCCCAGAUCAUAAAGUUUGGAUAUGAAGCAGAUACACUGACAACAAACAUGCUCAUAAAUAUGUAUUCAAAAUGCGGCCUUGUUGAUUUUGCUCGUAAAACGUUCGACGAAAUGCCUCAAAGAACUCUUGUAUCUUGGAACACCCUGAUGGGUUCGUAUAUACAGAACAAAGAUGGAGAAGAAGUUCUCCAUCUUUUCGUUCAAAUGCAAAGGGAAGGGACGCAGUUUAGUGGGUUCACAGUUUCAGGUGUUCUUUGUGCUUGUGCUGCCAAAUUUGCUGUUUUUGAAAGCAAACAAUUGCAUGCUUUUGCACUGAAGGUAUCACUGGAAUCACAUGUUUUUGUUUCUACUGCUUUACUUGAUGUUUAUGCUAAAUGUGGGUUGAUGAACGAUGCUUUUCGGGUUUUUGAUUCCAUGCCUGAGAGGAAUGAUGUUACUUGGAGUUCAAUGGUUGCUGGGUAUGUCCAAAAUGAGCUAUAUGAGGAGGCUGUAAUGUUUUUUCACAGGCUACAAAAGUCGAGGGUCGAGCAUAACCAAUUUACGCUUUCUUCUAUUAUAUCAGCUUGUGCUGCAGUGGCUGCUUUGUUAGAAGGGAACCAGGUGCACACUAUAGUCCGGAAAACUGGUUUUGGUGCCAAUGUUUACGUGGCUUCCUCUCUUGUAGACUUAUAUGCAAGAUGUGGAUGUAUUAAAGAAGCCUAUAUGGUGUUUUCAAAUGCUGAGGUGAAAAAUGCUGUAAUAUGGAAUUCAAUGAUUUCUGGCUUUGCUAGAAAUGCACGACCUUUAGAGGCUAUGACAUUGUUUGAGAAAAUGCAGUUAGCGGGAUUUUACCCGACUGAAGUGACUUAUGUGUCGGUUCUAUCUGCUUGUGGCCAUAUGGGUUUGGUUGACAAGGGGCGGAUAUAUUUUGACAAGAUGAAGAAAGAGCAUAACUUAUCUCCGAAUGUAUAUCAUUAUUCAUGUAUGGUUGACAUUCUUGGUAGAAAAGGCCUGGUUGAAGAAGCUAAGGAUUUGAUAGAAAAUAUGCCCUUUGCUGCAACACCUUCCAUGUGGGGUUCUGUCUUGGCAUCUUGCAGGGUCCAUGGAAAUGUUGAGGUGGCUGAAAUUGCUGCUAAACAUCUGUUUGAGCUCGAGCCUAAUAAUGCUGGGAACCAUGUCUUGCUUUCUAAUAUAUAUGCUUCCAAGAGAAGGUGGGGCGAUGUUGCAUCAACAAGAAAGCUUCUUAAAGACAGCGAAGCAAAGAAAGAAAGAGGCAAGAGUUGGAUACAGAUAAAAGACAAGGUUCACACAUUCAUGGUCGGGGAGAGAAAUCAUCCAAGCAUUGCAGAGGUUUAUUCAAGAUUGGAUGAGUUGUUGGUAGGUAUGGAGAAGUUAGGGUACAAAGGUAAAGCUGAACAUGACCUGCACGAUGUGGAAGAGAGCAGAAAACAUGAGCUUCUGAGGCAUCAUAGUGAGAAACUUGCUUUUACAUUUGGGUUGAUGUGUUUGCCCUCAAAUGCUCCUAUAAGAAUUAUGAAGAACCUCAGGAUCUGUGGGGACUGUCAUUCUUUUAUGAAGUUUGCUUCAAAAAUAACAGGGAGGGAAAUAAUUGUCAGAGAUGUUAAUCGCUUUCAUCAUUUUACUAAUGGAUCGUGUUCAUGUGGAGAAUUUUGGUAAAGGAUGUAACUUCUUAGGAUUUAAGAUCCCUUCUCUGAACCAAGGAUUAGGUUCAAAAUCGUUGAAAAUUAGUUAAAACCUGGUUCUUUUAGAUCUGACCAUGUAUAGGAAAUCAGAGGCAUUUUAUAGCAGAGAAGUUUAUUACUAUCUAUUAUCUCAACAUAAUGGCUUUACAACAUGAAGCUGGUGAAAAUCCAUUUUUCCUCUGAGCAUUUGAUGUGAUCACAAACUAUGUAAGCAAGCUGGACUCUGGGCAAUGCCUUUCCCGAAAUGAUGAUUAGCAAAGGCCAUCAGCUACAUCUUAUAGCACCGUCGGGUUAGAUUCUUAUGGCAUCCAGCCAGGGGUAAGAAGGCAUGGCACUUGCAUACCGUCAUUCCUCUUGUCAACAGUAAUGUGUGGGUCAGUGGUGGCAAGUCAGUGUCCCCAAAGGAACGUUAUCCAGGCAGAUGAUCAAUUAGAUGAAUCACCGACUCGCCUAGAAUUCUAUUGUCCUUGUGAAAACAAGGAAACAGUGGAUGCUUCAUGAUGCUGGAACCAGAUUCCAUGAAAAUUCUAUUGGCUGCCAGAACUGUUGCUUUCCAACUAUUUUCAGGUGAAAAUUUUGGAGGUUGAGAAUGUGAGUCGCAGCAAUGCUACCUCUUGACCUAAUGAUCUUCUCACCUAGCAGGAGGGAUCACAGCUACUUUUGAUGCUUUUGGAUCGAACAAGAAAUGAUAGCUUGACAGUAAUGAGUAUGGUGAUGGCCUGGUUGGCGAACAUAAAGAAAUGCUAUUGGCUUGAUGAAUUCCAAGAACGGCUUCCUAGCUAGGGAAGCUGCAAAGCUCAUUUACUUCCCUGAAUUUUGUAUAUUUCAUUUGCAACGGGGCUACAGCCUACCUCAGUUGAAUCAACAUCAAAUCAUUAGCAAGGGGCAAGUGGGAGAAAGGAUAUGAUAUAUGGACUAAUGUGGAGGGACUUCCUUCCAGGACCAAGUUCAAGUCAUGAACAUUGCCAAAAAAAAUGUACAGUUGUUUUAGCAUAACUGGUAUGGGAAGAUUUUAUUCUACAUGCUGUUCAUGCACCGAGUUAAAGUCAUUAGGGGUUAAUAUAAAAAAAUUACACAUUUGAGUCUUGCACUAGUACAAGAAGUUCUGGUUCUUUCUUCAAUGAUUUUCAUUAGAGGUGAAGGGAAACUUUAUUUGACUAUUUUUUUUAUAAGAUAAAUGAUUAUAGUCUCUAA